AUGAUUGAUAAAGCUCCAGUAUACACGGACGACGACGACCACGACGACGACGCCGGAGACUACGCCACCUGGCGAGCACGCAGCUCGCGGCGUUUCCACACCAAGCGCUCGCUCUACACGGCUAAUCAAAAUCAUAUUCUCGGGCAAGGAAGUGGGAGCGGCGCUCAAGUACUUAAUUCACUUUUUUACCUUUUUAAUACGCUCUUGAUAAUUUCACACACAGGUCCCAUAGCUAGCGCAUUGCUGAAUAAGCUAGGCGCUCGACUGACGGUGAUCAUUGGAGGCUUGUUGGCAUCGGGCGGUCUCAUUAGCGGUUACUUCGCCCAAAGCGUCUAUCACAUCAUCAUCUCGUUUGGAUUGGUAGCAGGUAUCGGCUUUGGAAUGGUCUUCACUCCAUGCAUGGUUAUGGCGGGAACCUAUUUCAAUAGAUGGCGCUACCUGUCUACAGCCGUCGCGUGCAGUGGCGCUGGAUUUGGAACUCUUGCCUUCUCUUUCAUCUAUAGCAAUCUGACGGAGGCUUAUGGCUGGCGAGGCUCUAUGCUAAUAAACGGUGGCAUAGCCCUGCAUCUCGUGCUCUGCGGUGUCAUCCUGCGGCCUUUGUCCAACGCACCAGCCGCUAAGAUGCCCGCAUGUGACGUCACGUUGCUGCGUGACGUCGACGUACUCAUCUUCGCCGUCAGUAUGCUCCUCUGGAGCAUCGGCGCAGUGACGGUUUACGUCAUAGUCAGCGAUUAUCUCAUAGAGAGUGGGAUAGAGGAAGCUAAAGCCUACUUUCUAAUUACGAUCAUCGGGAUAGCCGCCUCGAUCGGGUCCCUGUUAGCUGGUUUCACCGCUUUUAUUCGUCACAUACCCUACGUUAACCUUUGGGUUUACACCUUAUCCGUGGCCGGCCAUGGAAUAUCGAGCAUGCUGUUUAGUACUGGCGGAACAUUCGGCGUCUUCGCCCUGUAUGGAACACUAUUCGGGUUCUUUUACGGUAUGCAGCUGGGAGCGUUGGCAAACGUUGUCAUAGAGUUCUUCGGAAUUCAAAAGUUCAACAGCUAUGGUUACUUCCUGUUUGCCGAGGGAAUUGGAAAUCUAAUUGGAGCUCCCAUUGCAGGUGCAAUUCGUGAUUACACCAAGAGUUACGUCAUAUCGUUCCUGUUCGCUGGUUCGUCCAGUCUGCUGAGUUCUGCUAUUCUCGUCCUGCUGUAUAUCCUCGACAAAAGAAAAAAACCCGCACCGACCGACGUUGACGGAAAGCAACGCAACUCUUCAGUAGAUCAUCAGAGAGCUGAGGAACAGUAUCGCCCUCGCACGAUGUCUACGCUAACAGCUGAGACUGAGGUAGCUGACGCUCCUAACAUCUAGGUUCCUUGUAACCCUGUCACGCGUGAACAGUACUAUUUAGCAUUUAUUGAUGUGGGCAGUGAUGUUGCACUGAAAAUAUACAAAUAGCAUAAUGUGGCCGUAAUUCAAUAUACAUGCCUAUACUACUGUUUACGCGGAAUAUAAACUGACCACACUCGCGUAUCACGUAUAUGUACACCAUGUGUAAAAGAUCGACGUGAAAGAAAUAUUUACUACAGAAUAUUGCGAAAAACAUUGUCUAUAUGUAAGUUAGAUAACUUAGAACCGUGCUAUCACUCAUUCAUGAAUCUGCACAAUACGUGCGCUUGUAUAUUAUGUCACUCGCCUGCCUGAAAGGAAUCAUCCAACGAGCGUUGUAAGGCAUCGAGUCUAAGAAAACUGAUGGAAUCAAAUCAAGUUGAAAAAUGUUGUCUCAUGAUGUAGUAACCGCGCCUUUCUUAUUGUCUAUUCAUGGUGCGUACUGCCAGCGAUCGAGUCUGCAUUCCUUCUACGUGGCGCAAGGAAAUCUUAUAUGUUAUAACAGUGUAACCAUGUGUAUAGUCCGAUAACAAUCGCAGCAUAUUAAUUUAACAGAUUCAAAAAUCUAUUACAUAUGUAUGGCGUUUAGUGAUACGGAACGUCUUCCCGCUGUAGCAGCUGUCAACAUAUUAGCUGAGUGCGUACUAAUAAUCCCAAGGCGCGUACCUUUCCUAGACUGAACGCAACAGGGCACUAGAUCAUGAGGUUCUAUCGACAAGAUGGUGGUUGGACCUGGGCCGUACUCUACUCGGCCUUCCUCGUGCAUUUCGGGGGAUUCCUGGGAAUGUCGUUAUCGUUUGGCGUCUAUUUCGUGGUGCUACAAAAUGUCUUAAGGUGUUCGACGAGCAUAACUUCAUGGGUCGGCUCUCUCAACAUAGGACUUCUGUUCAUAACAGGUGGGCGGAGCUCUGCGCUUCAUUACGUUAUAUCAUUCGCAUCUGUAGCGUUCAUUAUAUCCAUAAGUCAUGCAAUCAAGUUUAGAUUCAGGUUGUUUAAUUAUCCAUUCUGCUGCCGGUAUAAUUGUAAAGGUGCUCGAUGGAACUUCUUGAUAUAUGGCUAUUACGAACUGAUCGGUCGGAAUCGACAACGUAGCAGGUCGAAUGAUACCAAUUAAUAAUUUUACAUAGUUUACACGCGUUUAAAUUCACGUUUGUCUUACAUAGCAGCCCUGAAAAUUAGAUUACAGUGUUGUGCGCCAACGCAUCAGCUUAUAUGAACGCGCGCCGUUUAUAAUAUGGUUUAUUGUUAUAUAUAUAUAUAUGUAUAUAUAGCGAGCCACGACACAGUAGAUAAAUCAGGAGUACAUUCACAUGUUACUUACAUAUUACUUACCUACUUAUUUAUUUACUUAGGGUCGAUCAUCCCCUAAUUUUACCAAAUUUAUCAUAGUGAAUUUACAUUUCAGAGACUAGCGUAUAUUGGUAAUGACUUACAAAUUGCGUAUAAUUAUGGGUGAAUUACUGUAUCUCAAUUUUAGUGGUCAUAUUUCACAAAUCAUGUGAGCGAAUUUAGGUAAUCCGCGUUUUCGCAAUAUUGGGUAUUACUGUAGAGUAAUGUUAACCAUUUUGUUGACUUUGACUUUGUAUAAAAAUGUUUGGCAACUUUCAGAGGUGUUUAUUGGAAUGCUUUUGGUUAUAAUUCGAGUCUUGCUCUGUGUUUUGGACAAGAGCUGACCACAGUUUUACCAGGAUUACUAUACAUAAAGAAAUUGUUGUUAAUACUGUCGUGAAAACUUGCAAAACUCAUGAUGUCAUGUUCACCUUGACCUUGUAUAUUUUUUACAAAAAUUAUUCAAGUGUGAGAUACGUAUGGCUGUCAGCACAUUAUGUGAUAAUACGCGAAAAUAAUUCAAUUACGACAUACUUACAUCCUCUACUACAUACGUAUAGGAUUCUUAUGGUGGGUCUGACACAUAUAAUAGCAGCUAGAGGGAAAGCUUAUGAAAAUAUCAUACCGUGAUAAAUCCUAGCAUUGGAAAGUGCUGGACAUUUCCAUUUUCCGCCCCCUUUUGUCCCAAUUUAUAGAUGUCUAUGCACGGCCGGCAUAAGCUAGUGCGGGCUUGUAGCAUAUUAUGUUAUAAGCGGGCCCUAAAUAUUAAAAAAAUAUGAAUAUUAAAACACGUGAAUUUAAGUUAAUCUAAAUCUAAUACAUUUUCUAAUAAGUUAGAUGGUUAAUCAAUAGAUUUAAUAGAAAUAGAUUUACUCGCAAUUAAACUAUACCAGCACUCAUUGUAUCGGGUUUACGUGUAUACUAAAAUAAAUGUUUUUUAAUCAAAAUUUAACUAUUAGAUAGUUCAUGAUAUUACGGGGACCCGAAAACCACAGGGACCCUAAACCACAGGGCCCCUAAAACCACAGGGCCCCUAAAACCACAGGGCCCCUAAGCUACUAUUGUUAACUCAGUAAUCUGCUAAAGAUAUGUAUUUGAUUCGAUAAGUAAGAUAGGAACCCACUCACAGCGUACACUAGCCAAGCAUAAGUUAAAUUUCAAAUCGUGGUUGAAUCUAUUCGGAAAGAAAACUAUU